CGUAUUAGUUUUCUUCACUAUCAAUUCUUCCUAAAUCCAUCAAUCUCAAACAAUUUUGUGGAUCACACUUUCAUGUCCUAGAUGUUUUCAAUGGUGUGAGCAUUUGCUCUCGUCUCUUCUGCUCAAGGGUUCGAUCUGUCGGCCAUGGUGCGCCCUUCAAAAAUAAAAAAGACGGUUUGUAUGGAAGAGACUUUUUUCAUGGGUGGCUGCUUUUAGACCACUAUCCAAAUUCAAAGGAUAAAUAAUCGACCACGCUCUCUGCGCUAAUUGAAGGUAUACAGUGCAUUAUACAACAAUACAGGUUUGCUGCACCAUGAAGAGUAUGUGUGCCUAUAUCAAAGUUGGGAACAAACAAGUCUAGUAAGCAUUUCAAAUAUGCAAAGGAAAUUGAUGAAGAAGAAAGCAAGGAGGCAAAACAUUGUUGUAGAAUGUAAAAUGAAAUAGCAGAAAGCGAGCAAUCCAACCACAUCCAUUAAUGGACGGCAAUUUCGCGCCCAGCAAGUCUCGGGUCUAUAUCCAUCUUGAUUGCUCAGAUCGGACCAGAUUCAGCUCCACUCGAUUCAGUCCCAGCGACCCGAAUUUCCAAAAGCUCUACCCGAUUCUCAUGAAACGGAAGCACCCAUGGCCGGAUACAGCUGAAGCAGCUCAGCCAAUCCCCAACGAUGUGUCCCGUAACCUUAGGGUUCGGAGGGUUUUCUCUCCUAACUCCGUGAUUGAAGAAAGUAGCGAACAUUUUGAGCCUGGGUUCAAAAAUCAUAGUCUUCUCGGGUCUUCUGGGGAAGAAUCAACGAAGAAAAUUGGAAUGGUACCGGAGGAUUUGAAAAAUGGCGAAGCUGUGGUGGGUGCCCAAAGCUGCGGAUCCAAAACAGAAUCCGUAAGAGACGAAGGUCUGAACAAGGCAGUCUCAAAAGAGGGCAAUGGGAUUCGUGACAAUAGAAAAGAACCCGGUCAUCCUCCAUUCAAGCUCAUUCGCCCAAAUGAGCCAAGCUCUACAAACAAACAGAUUGCGAAGACAAACUUGUUAAGGAGGGCAGUAGAAUCGUCAAGUUCAUUCAGCUAUAGAAGAUUGCUGCCAUAUCUUAUGGGCUUAAAUGAUGACAAAUCUUGUUCUUCUGAAAUUAAGACUGGGGAUACAUGUAGAGAAUCCAAUGUUCUGGAUGUUGAUAGUAGGAAGUCUAGCUCAUCUCUAGACAAGGGCAACUGUUAUUCUUCAUCUAAAAAUGAGCCUGUGGUUGGACACUUAGAUGAUUGUAUACCCUUGCAUAGUGGAGAAGUGGACAAUGGUGUGUUCAAACUUACAUGCGAACAACUGGAUAAAAACUGUGGCAGUCUUUCCUUGACUCAAACCGAGCCCAAUGUUGGAUUGCUUAAUGGAAUGGAUAGUGCAACAAGAGAUAACAUUUUGCCGACACCACCUGAUCCCGACAUAUCUACAAAAACUGAUACCAAUGACUAUAAGGCUUGCACAGCUCAAACUCCUCAGCAAAAUGAUAAAAUGUUCCAAAAUCCUGCUGAUAGAAACAGCAGUAAUUGGAAGUCCAAAAUGGUUCUGAAUCCUUGUUCUAGAAAGAAGGUUCUGAACCCUCCAUGCUCUGUUAGCUAUGAACAACAGCUUCCAUAUCUGCUGGAUGUUGGAAACGAUUCUAAAGAUGAGGCAGAUGCUAUAGAAUUGAAAGAUUCUUAUCCUCCAAAGUCACAAGCAUAUACUGCUCAUACAGCAUCUGAAGUCCUUCCUGCAAAUGUAUCUGUUGCCACAUCAAGUUCUAUAAGUGAAUCCAUAAAAAAUCCAACAGAAAUUUUGGAGGUAAAUGACGGGGCUUCAGUAGGACACACCUUCUCACAUACUACCAAUCAUCUAGAGACAGAUCUGGCAAACGGUACUAAAAAUACUGAUCGUGGAGAAGUGAGUUGUGACAAAGUUCCAUCUAGCCCUAUUACUGAUGUUGUAUUACCUACAACACCAGAAUUGUCACAGCUUGGAGAAACUAAAUGUGAUGAUGAUGACAUCCAAGAAGUUCACCACGAAGAUAAGACAUAUGUGGAUGGAAGUGAUGUUUCACAUGAAGUGAAGCCAGAUACCUCCACUUCUGCAACAACUCAUACUGUAGAUUCUACUGAAGAUCUUUUUAAGAGGUCUGCUAUGUCGAUGGAUUCAGAUUCUCAAGGUGACCGUGAACUUAGAAUUCUAGUAAAAGAAAACACUUCAAGUGAAAGCUCAACAUCUGUUGAAGAAUCCAAUCUCACAGUAGCUCGUGCUGCUGGUCAUGCUGAAACUCUGCCGAAGGACUGCAACUCAGCAACCAUACAGCCCGAGCACUUGGAGAAAAACUGCGGGGACCUGGUUGAAACAGUUACUUUUAAUGAAAGCCAGACUGAAAUUCAGACAUUAAACACUUCCACUUCUCAAACUGAGAAUACCAUGAAAGGGGUAUUGAAGAGAAACCCAAGAGGGUGUAGAGGACUAUGCGAGUGCCUUAACUGUGCGUCAUUUCGCUUGCAUGCUGAAAGGUCGUUCGAAUUCACUAAACAUCAGAUGCAGGAUGCUGAACAGGUUGCUCUUGAGUUGAUCAAGCAACUAUCUGACAUUCGCAAACUGCUGGGGAGUUCUGCAUCCAUCGAGAACAACUUUUCUCUAUUAGAAACGGCUCAGGUUAAUGAUGCUUGCACUAAAGCACUGCAAGCAGAACAACUAGCAAAAGAACGGCUCAGCGAAAUGAAUGAUGAUCUCCAAUAUCAUUGCAGAACGAGACCUUUGCAGCGUCCAAGGGUAACGUUUUCUAUCUCGGCACCAGACUUGUCAGCUUGUCCCAAGAACAUAACAGAUUGCAAAAGAAAGAGAAGUUGGAACAAUGUGAGGUGAGCUGCUCACAUGUGUACAUAGUGGACUCAGAAACAAGACAUAAAAACCGGUUUGAAUCAGAAGUAGACUCAGUUGUUCAGUUGACCCGCCAUUUAAACUCCUUCCUGGUUGAAGAAAGUACACUAGGACUUUUUCUUUUAUCACGCAUGAGACCUAUGACACUGAGUUUUAUUUGCACUCUGUUACAAAGGGUAUUGGGGGCAAAAGCUUAUUAAAAUAUAUAUUGAGGGCAAAGCUUUAUAUUUAUAAUAAAUUAUACUUCGGAUU